AAUAAAAAAGGAUUCUGGGAAACUUCCCUCUCUCCCCUUUCCCCUCCUCUGCUUCAUCUUCUCCAUAUGAAUCCCCAAAAAACCGAAGGGCAUCUCUUUCCUCACCACCAUGAUCUUGACCCACCGCCUCCCCAGAUCAUCCAUCCCCAACUUGACCCUCCCUUUUCACUCCCCGAAAUCCUCCUCUUCCGCUCCUCUUCCUCCGCCGACUCCCCCUCUGCUUCCGAUUCAGAUAACCAAGACGACGCUACUACACUCCCGCCUCCUUCCUCCGCCACCCUAUCAACUAAGAAUCAGCCCAUGGGCUGCAUUAAUCCCGAGCCUCACAUCUCCUCUCAGUUCUACACCUUCAACGCCGAAUCCCAUUCCCUCAUGAUCCGCUGCAUCACUGAACAGCGUUUAGCUACUCCAGCUGAGAUCCGGGCCGCCACGCCUCGCUCCGUCCUCAAAUCGUGGCGCGCCGUUUGGAAGGACCGCAACGAGGACACUGCUUACCUCACUGCUUGGAAGCGGAUCCAAGACAAGCUCAUCGCGCAUGUGGACCCUAGUUCCGGUAACGAAUUCCUUUGCUUCAAAAACAAUUCUAAUCAAUUCGUUUCCCAUGUGAGUCAAUGGCAAGAAAUCAUUAUGAAUUUCCACAGCGACACCGAUUUAAAACAUUUAGGGCUUAAAGAAACAAUUGAGAAAAUCAAGCAAGUGUGGACUGUAGGUGCUAAGUUCUAUGGAAUUCCCGAGAGUUACAUUAGGGUUUGUGUUGCGGCUUGCCAUGUAUGCAAUGCUUCCUCCGGGUCUUCUUCCAAGAGUAAACGGCGCCGUUUUGAGUACACGGAGUCUCUAGACGUGCCUGCAAAGGAGGUGCCUCAUAAGCUGCAGCAACUGGCUGUAAAGCACAAGGUUGUGCUCUGUAUCAGGCAGAAAUAUAUUAGGUAUAAACCUUUUAUGGCCGAGGUUAAGGAUUAUGCUUGUCAUAGAGCUGGGAAGCCUGCAGCUAAGAAGUCGAGGAUUUUGAAGAGGGAACCAUAUGCAUCCAAGAGAUGUGGUUGUGGAUUUAGAAUUAGGGCUAUAGUGCCAAUUUCCAAUUAUAAUGAGAAAGAUAAGACAUUUGUAUAUCAAGAAGAAGGGAUGGCAGUAUUUAAGUUGUAUGCAGUGCAUUCUGGGCAUGAACCAGGGCCUCUGGAUGGAAAUGCAAGGAUCAUGCACCGUGUUGUUGGGCAUAAGGGAGGAUUUUUGAUGGAUCAAGAUAUGGUUUAUGGGGAAAGUGAGUAUUUUGAUAGUGAGGGGUUUGGAUUGGCUGGAAAGGAAGGAGGAGAGUUGCGGCUAGCUGUUUUGCAGCAAGUGCAGGAGCUGAGAGCUGAAAUUGGGUUGUUGGAGGGGAGAAUUGAUAAUAUUCCUCAUCAGUUGUUGGGUUUGGUAUCUAGGGAGCUGUUUGAUGUUUUGAGUAAAGUUAGAAGUAUAGGAGAAGGAAGUCAAAAGUCAAUUGGAUUACUUUCCGACAAACCUCAUUCAGAUGACAUGUUGGUAGGGGAGAAUGAUUUAGCUCACUGGAGUGAUCCCCACCAUGAUCGGUUAUGCGGAGAUGGCAAGGAUGCAGAAUUGAUUGAAGAUGAUGAAGAUAGUUUUGGAAGGACACUUGGUGAUGUUGUUCCUUGGGACCAAAUGAGGGCAGAUUGUAGGAGUGAGAAAGAUCUGAUAAGUGAGCCCUGUAAGACAGAUAAGUGGUUGAAAUGUAGUGAUUUUGAUGAGAAGAGCAUUCUUGGUUGUGAGGAUGCUAAACUAACCAAGUCCAUGAGACAUGAUGAUGGUAUAGUGACAGAUGUAGGUCUUGUUGGCAUUCAGGUUGAUGGUUUCUACCAUGAAAAUCCUAAAUGGUAUGAUUCUCCAUGUGGUUUAGAUUCCAGUACAGAUUGUGGUGACAGUGGAUUUCAACAUGGGGAGAUUGUGUAGAACCCUCAAGAGCUAGGUUUAAUCCACUCUAACACGAUCAUGAAUAUAUAUUGUUCCCUUCUCCCCGCUGGAACUGGAUUGUAGAUUUAUGUAUACUGAAAAUUGGAGCUUAUAAUCACAUGCUUUAGGUGUCUUUGUUGUGUGUGAUUUCUGUAAAUUAUAGCCACUUGGGCUAAUUUGCAAAUACCUUAUUUAUAUUUGUUAACCAUGUUGACAUACAUGAUUUUUAGCCUGGUUCUCUUCAAUGGGCACUGGUGACUGUUUUUUUGCCCUUUUUUUUGGUUUCUUUAUGUUCAUAACUGUACUAUAUGUCCAA